UUCGUAGUAACAUAUUGGUUACAAUAAUCCAAAUAAAUUUGUAAAUUUAACCGAUUUUAAUGGAACAAAAUUAAGACGUUUGAUGUUAAAUUUGAAAUAUAUGGGGAAUCGUCAAAUAGUGUUGGUGGUAAUUGUUACAAAAUAAGGAUUUUUGCUGUUAGUGAAGAUGCACAGUACCAUGUUGACAGUUCAGUGAUCUGUAGUGAAUAUGAGUAAAAUAUAAUAUUGUAUUUAUAUUAUACAAGAACAGAUAUGUGAUAAUACAAUGCUAGUAGAAUCAUUCUAUGACAUUGAAACAAAUAAAUACUCUCAAUAUUAUUAGACCAUCCCAACAUCGAGAAAUAUAGCCAAGCAAUGAAAAGGUUACAGCCGUAUUUAUACCGCUGUCAGGGACCCGGACUUAUCUGAAUAACGGAUAACGGGAGAUGGGUCAAAAGGUACAGUUCGAUGAAUUAAAAAGUGUUUCCUGGGAUCGCCGUGCUUUGAAUAAGGAUUCGAGAUACGAGAUUGGCGAAUUUGUGGAAGUUUGCGAUUAGUUCGCACCACUAGAUAACUUGAACCGGUAAUAGAAAAUUAGACGAAAAAAUGUUUAGUAUAUCUUUAUGAAAUAAAAAAUGGACAAGAAUAAGAAGAAGAAUCAUGUGAAUGGAAAAUAUAAAAAAAAUGGAAAAACUGAUAAUUAUAGACCUGAUGAUGACGUCGUCACAACUUGCUGUUUCUGUGUUAAGACUAAAAAGAGCAAAAAGAAAACGAUAGUUGCUGGCUGUAUUACAAAUCUUGGAAUAUUCGUCCUACUAUUAGCUUAUACUCUGUUGGGAGCUUUUAUUUUUUUAGCUAUUGAGGGAAACGCUUCAAAAAUACAUCAGAAAACAUUGGCAACUACCUCCUACCAAGCUAGCGAUAACCAAAAGGUGCCAUUAUCUAAGAUUAAUGGGAGUAUAACACAGGCCAGUGCCGAGCUUCGAUCACAAACCGUUGAAAGUAUUUGGGAAAUAACUGUGUCCUUAAAUAUUCUAUAUAAAGAAAAUUGGACAAGGUUAGCUGCCCAAGAAAUAGCUAGAUUUCAAGAAAAGUUAGUGGCAAGAGUAGCAGCUGAUGUGUCCGCACAAUAUGGUGGUGCUAGAGCCUUGGAAUCAGCCCCAGCUUUGGUAGUCGAUGAGUAUGACUGGAAUUUCGCUAAAGCGUUCUUGUACUCAUUGACAGUUCUCACAACUAUAGGUUAUGGAAGUGUAGCCCCAAAAACAGCCUUAGGAAAAGCUGUUACAAUUGGAUAUGCCGUAGUAGGUAUUCCGCUGACUCUUCUAUAUCUAUCAGUAGUUGGAGCUUUAUUGUCAAGACUUGCUCGGAGUGUUUUUAGUCGAGCGUUAUGUUGCUGUCUGUGCACAAAAUGUGGAUAUUGUUGCCUCGAUGAAAGAACUAUGGCAAGCAAAGAACGAAAAGAGAAAGUAAGAAGACACGAUGACUUCAGAAACCAAACUUUACAUCUCCAAGAACCUUAUUACGUACGGUCACCUUCGGGUACUAUAAUAUCAGCAUCUCAAGCACAUACCAUCAGUACAAAUUCUAUUAAAGAUAAAUCUCAAAGUUUGAGUUUUCUAAGGGAUUGCGACUCAAUGAGCUGUACAGAUACAGAUUCUAAAGUCUCAUUGCGCGGCUUUUCGAUUCUUGCACCAGUUUCUUUAUGCCUCGCAGCUAUUUUUACAUACAUAUUUUUCGGUGCUCUCGUUCUGUACCAAUUAGAGGGAUGGAGUCCCAUUGAUGGUGUAUAUUUUUGCUUUAUGAGUCUUAGUACUAUCGGAUUCGGUCAUUUAGCUCCCGGUGCAACGCAAAAAAAUGGUGCUUCGUCGGGCACAGUUUGGUUUUGUUCUAUCUAUAUAAUGACUGGAUUAGCGCUGACAGCUAUGUGCUUUAACGUACUCCACGAUGAAAUUGUACAUCGUUUGAAGCAUCAUGAGAAAGUAUUAAAAGCAACAACUCAAAAAGUUUUGACACCGGAAUUUUUGCAUCGAUCUUGACGAGAUUUAAGUGGAAAUUUUACAGACGAAACAAUAAUAAACUCUGAAGGAGAAUCAUUGCCGGAAGUUUUAAACCACGUUUCCGGUUCUAGAUGUGAAGGAGGAGCCAUUAGACGAUCUGUUUAUACUGUUAAAGAAGAAAAGGAACCAGAGAGAUUAACACCUAUGUAAUAAUUUUGGAUAAUUACUUAUUAUUUAAAAUAUUUUAUUGUUAGUGAUGAUUUUUAAUUAUAACCAACA